AACACCAACCUAGCUACUAACUAGUUCUUUCUACUCUUUCAAGCAUAAUGGCUUAUGCUAAGCUCUUUCUUUUGCCUCUCUUCUUGCUUGCCACAUUAUUGUUGAUGUUUUCAAUGAAGAAUGUAGAAGCAGAUCUUUGUGAGAAAUUUGCUUGUUCCAGAUCUGACCCGGUGUGUAACGAUGGUUGUCGAUGUGUACUUUCUAAGGGUGCGGAGGGAGGUGUUUGCGUAAAAAAGAAACAUGCUGCUAAGAUGGUGGAAGAACAUCCAGACUUAUGUGAGUCUCAUGCAGACUGCACAAGAAAGGGAAGUGGGAGCUUCUGUGCUUAUUAUCCAAAAUUGGAUCUUAAGUAUGGCUGGUGUUUUGACUCUAACUCUGAUGCUGAAGCCUCUUUCAAGAAUUUCCUUAGCUCUGAAUCCUUGAAGAUGCCGUUAGAAGAUUCCACUUAAUAUGUACAAGAAAAACCAUGCAUGCAUGAUCUGAUGAUCUCUCUACUUAAAUAAAAUUGCUAUGUAUGUCUUUAUUUCCAACUAAGUUUGGAUCUCUUAGACACUUAGAUUUCAAAAAUAAUGUAUGCAUGUGUGCUGGUAUGUACGUUGUUAUCUGUUUUUAUUUUGUAAGUUAUGGAAUCUAAUGACUCUAUGUAUGUUUUCUAAGAAAUGGAGCUUGAUUUGUAUAUGAGUAAUGCUAUUUUUACCGCCACUUGUUA